UGGAAUUGUCGGAAGUGUUGGAACGAUCUUAAAACAAAACUCCUAAACGGCAUUUUCGAUUAGUCGUCGCGUGUAGUGUACAUACGAUAUGUCUUACGUCUUUUCCCCUCAAAAUGCUUCUCAUCAGUGUCGGCAUAUGAAUGAGAGAAUAAUUGGAAUCGCGAAGGAUGCGCACUGAUGCUGAUGCAUGUGUACUGAAGAUCGUCUACGAAGACUAUCGUUUCGUCCAUUCGCUCACGCAUCCGCGAUUUUUCAAGUGGCGUGGUCGCGUAUAGUAAUCCACACUAUAGUGUUGCAGUAGAAUAACAGCAGAACCCAGUAUCAUCCCGCGAAGAUCUUCGUAACCUCUCUACUGAGUUGUUUUCAUCCCGCCAGCUUAUCGUAAGAGACGUCCAAGCGUAAAAUAGAUAGAGAGUGAGAAAUCAUUCGGCCAAAAUUAAAUUGGCCGAAUUAAAUAAAAAUUAAAUAAAUCUUAGCUACAGUUAGCUUUUUUUAACCGGCGAUGAGCGACAAUAAGCAGGUAGGUGAAACUCCCAGUAGCGAGGUUGCUAAUCGAUUUCGAAGCUGUAGGGAUCUGAGCGACAUUGUACCGUUGUAUCCGUCGCACGCGCUUUAUCUGAAACCUCUUGCCAAAGUUAACGUGUCGGUCAGUCUACCCCAACUGAAGACUCCAGGCAAAACUAUAUCGACAUGGGAGGUAAUGGAGAAGAUACGCGCGCUUAUACUGCCGGACGAAUUCGCAUCCCUAAAAGUGGCCAAGAGCACCUUGGAAUUCAUCCGGCUGGAGGGCGACCUGCGGGACCGGUGCAGGUUGCCGAGAGUGCUGGCCAGGUUGGAUUUACAACAGUUGAAUCUGUCCGGCUUCUCCAAUGUUCUCAAGGUCCGCGCGGCCGAGGCAAAGGAUGACUUCCCAACCAGACAUAGCUGGAACUCCUAUUUUAGGGAUGCAAAACAUAUGAACGAGUUAAAGGCCGGCGAAAGACCGGACACUAUUCAUAUUACCGGUUUACCAGUUAAAUGGUUUACCGAAGAUAAUACAAAUGUACCGAGUGAAUCACUCAUUACAAAGAUCUUUAAAAAAUGGGGUGCAUUGAGGAAAGUUGACGUGCCCGCCGCGGAUUCCUACAGAUCCAGGAUGCGGCUCGGUAAUAACAUUCAUAAAUUCAGCUUCGAAGAUGGCAUAUUUUUCGACGUGUACGUACAAUAUGUCGAAUACAUGGAUUUUGUCAGGGCGAUGGACGCUCUGCGCGGCAUGAAGCUGCUAAAGAAGGAUGGUCAGAAUUCGUUAACCGCAACACUAAAAGUUGAUUUUGACAAGACCAAACAUUUGAGUGACAAUUCGAUAUCGCACCGUGACUUCGAGAGAAAACGUUUAAUAGCACAGGAUAAUUUAGCGGCGGAGAAAAUGCGGAAGAGAGAGGAAGCAGAAAAAAAACGGCAAGAGGAACAAAGAAAAAAGGAAGAGGCAGAUUCGAUGGCGAAAGCAAAUCGACAACGAAAUCGGGAAGAAAAACGAAAACGAAAGGCCCUUACGAAAUUUCGUAAGCAAGAAGAGGACAAAGUUUCUAUGAAGAUUGCAAGAGAAGAACAAAAGUUGAUAAAAGCUCAACGGCAGUUGGAAAGCAUACGUUUAUUAGAUGAACUAUUUGAUAGGAUAAAGACGAAAGUGGAGAAAAAAGAGAUUAAGCUGGAUCAAAAUAUGGAAAAGAAGAGUGAAAAGAAAAACAAUCAAACAAAUGAAAAGAAAGUAGAUUCGGAAAACGAUAAGAAAAAUAAGGAAAAGCAGGUUAAGAAAACAAUGAAGAAAGAAAAAAAGAAAAAGGCAAAAAUACCACACAAGCGGCAAACAAGAUAUGCGCUGUUUAGCGAAGGUGCUGUAGUUGAAAGAACUGUGCGGAAGUGGUUUGCUAAGUUUAAAGCUGGUGAUUUCAACCUUAAAGAUCAAGAACGCUCGAAUAGGCCCUCCACCACAGAUGAAGAUCAGAUUAAAACACUGAAAAUAACCCACGUUAUACGACACUUUUAUACGCUUUUGAAUAUGGAAGAAAACAAAGUACAUUUUAGGCAUUUCAUGCUUUUCUUUUACUGGAAAGGCAAAAAUGCCACACAAGCGGCAAACAAGAUAUGCGCUGUUUAUGGCGAAGGUGCUGUAGCUGAAAGAACUGUGCGGAAAUAUGCGAGAAGACAGAUGAUGCGGUCGCCAGGAUAUUCUACGAUGUCACUUCAUCACCCCAUGUUACCCGUGGGCAGAGGUCGAGGAUUUGUUCCACGAUAUGAGAUGAAUUAUACGCUAACAAAUCCUUAUUUGUAUAACGGACAAUAUUACGAAUAUUUUACACAUCUGGUCGAGCGAGAUUCGAAGCAGCAAAAAUCGAAAAUACGUAACCGCCAAAAAUCAACAAGUAGAUCUAUCUCAAGAACGAGGACUAGAUCGGGUUCUAGAAGAAAAUCUAGAAGUAUCUCCAGAUCACGUAGUAGAAGACGCAGCGGUUCGCGUUCCAAGAGUCGUGAUCAAAGGUCGAAGUCAAGAUCCAGAUCGAGAUCACAUAGAUCAAGAUCACGAUCACGUAGAUCAAGGUCGCGAUUGCGCAGAUCGAGAUCACAAUCGCGUAGAUCGAGAUCACAAUCGCGUAAAUCAAAAUCGCGAUCGCGUCGACCGAAGUCUCGAUCUAGAAAUCGCUCUAGAUCGCGUAGUCGCCGAAAAUCGACAAGUAGAUCUUGCUCGAGAAGAAAAACAAGAUCAAGAUCUAACUCUAAGACGAGGCACAAGAAUAACAAAUCAUGCAGUAGAUCCAAGUCAAGUUCCAAAACGCGUCCUUCCAAACGAAAUUCACGGUCUAGAAGUCGCUCCAAGUCUCGCAGUAGAAAUCGUUACAGGAGUAAGCGUGGCAAGAGAUCGUCUUCUAUUGUCAAAGUUACACGAGCGAAAUCACGACCCACAUCACCCAGACGAAGAUCACGCAGUAGUUCUUGGUCUUUGCCAAAAUCACCAGGUCGUAGAAGUUGCUCUUGGUCAAGAGCUGCUUCCGCAAAUAAUAUUAAUGAGCAAGACGUGAGCAAGGAAUCUGAAAAACUUAUUCAAGAAGAAACAGCAAAGAUAGAAAUGCUAAGCACUGAAGCGAAUUAAUUUAGCAUUUGAUUUUGUCAAAAAGAAACAUUAAAUAUACAACUAUACAAGAAAUAAUCAUACUUUUAGUAUACUUGCUACACAGUGCAAAUAUUUAAAGUU